GGAGCUUUACCAAACAUAAUUCUUUUUCAAUUUCUUCUGCUGUUUAGUGUGUUUCAUCUUGGAUGUGAUUGAGCCUGUGUCUUACCUUACCUAGCUAGCUACUCUUGUCUUGAUUUUCAUGUCUUGGGUGUUCGUUCCUAGCUAGUGAGAAACCAAGGUUGCACUUUAAAGGCUUCAAUGGGGCCUCCGGGAUUUACAGAGAAACUUAAUAACAACAAGCUAAAUACUUUAGUUGAUGCUGAAGAUGGGUGUGAUAUAUUUAAUGACCUGAAAGACAGAUUUCUAAAUUUUGAAAAGAAUAAAUACUUGAAAGACAUUGAUCACUUUGAAAAUCUUGCUAAGGUUCAAACACCAAAGUUCAUGGUUAUUGCUUGUGCAGAUUCUAGGGUAUGCCCUUCUACUGUCCUGGGAUUUCAACCAGGAGAAGCAUUCAUGAUUCGCAAUAUCGCUAAUUUGGUUCCUACCUUUGAGAGUGGACCCUCAGAAACAAAUGCCGCACUGGAAUUUGCUGUGAACUCCCUUUUGGUUGAGAACAUCUUAGUCAUUGGCCGCAGCUGCUGUGGCGGUAUACGUGCCCUGAUGAGUAUGGAAGAUGAUGAUGUUGAAAAAAGAUUCUCGCAAGAAGGGGGAUUGAAUUUUCGCUGCAUUAUUACUCUUUGCCAAGUUGUUAUAUUUGUUUUGGCCCUUUCCCUCAUCAGAGUGGUAUCAGAGCUCUUAGGUUAA